GCGGCGGCGGUGGAGGCGGCGAACGCGUCGAGGCGGGGUGCGCCGGGCGGGCCCAGGGCGGCGCGGUGGUGGUGCCUGGCGGCGAUCGCUGUCUUGUUGGUGGCGGCUCGCGGCGGCCCCCAGCCCGCGGCCGCGCAGGCCCCCGACGAGAUCACAGAGGACUGGAUCAAGAAGUACCUCCGCGAGGAGUACGAGCCCGAAGUCACCAGGCAGUGCAACAGGCUCAACAAUGCCGAGUGGACCUACGAAACGAACAUCAACGAAGACACAGAGGCCGCGCUGCAAAAUGCAACAUUGGAGUACGCCGCCUUCGAAAAAGAGCAAUGGCAAAACUACUUCAGCAGAGUAAAUUACACAGAGUUCGAAGAUGAGGUUCUUAUACGGCAGCUUGAUUCUUUAAGCGUAUUGGGCAUUCCGGCCCUGGGAUUGACUGACCUUGAAGAGCUUAGUACCAGUACAACGAAUAUGACUAGCACGUAUUCCACUGCGAAGAUCUGCCCAUAUAAGAAACAAGCUUGUGCGCUGAAUGAAAUGCUAAGCCUUGAUCCAGGCAUGGAGGAAAUCAUAUCCAAAUCGAGAGACUAUGAUGAGCUUACGUACGUUUGGAAAGCUUGGCGUGAUGCAUCAGGGAAGUUGAUGCGAGAAAACUACAAGAAAUACGUGCAAUUGAACAACAAAGCAGCAAAGAUGAAUGGGUUCGAGGACAUGGGAGAAAUGUGGCGCCACGACUACGACUCGGAGACGCUGAAGGAGGAGAUGCUGGACCUGUGGGAGACAAUCGAGCCGCUGUACGUGCAGCUGCACAAGUACGUGCGCACCAAGCUCGAGCAGCACUACGGGGAGAAGCUGGCCGCGUCGGACGGGCUGCUGCCCGCGCACGUGCUUGGAAACAUGUGGGCCCAGAGCUGGGGAAACAUAUUCGACCUUGUAAAACCAUUUCCAGAAGGAAGUGCUGUGAACGUUACUCAAAGCCUUAUUGACCAGGGAUAUGACGCUUUGCGGAUGUUUAAGACUUCUGAUGAUUUCUACAUUUCCUUGGGAUUGGCAAACAAUUCUGUGUCGUAUGGGAAGGACGCAAUGCUGGUGAGGCCAACCGACAGGGAAGUGGUGUGCCAUGCGUCUGCGUGGGACUUUUGCAACGGAAAAGACUACAGAAAAGGAGCUAAUCCAGGAUUCCAUGAAGCAAUUGGUGAUACUAUUGCUUUGUCGGUUUCCACUCCCAAACACUUAAAGGAAGUUGGUUUGCUCGGCAAAGAUUAUCCGGAUACAGAAGAAGACAAUAUUAACGCUCUAAUGGCCAUGGCUUUGGAUAAGGUGGCAUUCCUGCCUUUUGGACUCCUUAUAGACAUGUGGCGUUGGGAUGUCUUCUCAGGCAAUGUGACAAGCGAUCAAUGGAAUGAACACUGGUGGUACCUCAGGAAAACUAUUCAACGGAUCAAACCUCCAGUACCUCGAAACGAGGAAGACUUCGAUCCUGGCGCAAAGUUCCACGUUCCAGGAGAUUCUCAAUAUAUUGCGAAAGGUCUGCAGCUUGGAGGUUCAACCCAUUGGAGAGAUGCACUCGAGGCCAUUACCGGUCAACGAGAAUACUCUGGAGAGCCGUUGUUGGAAUACUUCAAACCGCUCUACGACUUUUUGGUUUCGGAAAACACAAAGUCCGAAGGAAAAGAUGAAGUGAUCGAAGAAAAGCCGAUCGAAGACAAGCCGAUUGAAGAACAGCCAAAAGGCGACGUCGAAGAAAGCGUAGUGCCAGCCAAGGAAAACGUAGUGCCAGCCAAGGAAAAUGAAGUGCCGAGCAACGGCCUGUCGAGCCAGGACAGUGCUGUGAAAGACGUCAAGGGCCCAGAAGAGACCAAGAGUCAGGAACCGACUGAUCAAACCGUUCCUAUUGUCGUGGGCUGCGUUUUGGGCGCCCUGCUAGUCUGCAUACUCAUCGGAUACGUAAUAUUCCGCCGGCGGGCAGCGAAACGAAGCGCGGACAUCCCUUCCACGACUGGCUCCAAGGCGUUGCCUUAGGCGCAGCCUCAUCAUUCGUUUAUUAAAUCUACAUUAAUUUAAUAUGUCGGGUCUUCCAUUGCCUUUAUCACUAUCGAGUAAAUGCUCGCAAAUGUAGAAUUUGGAAUAAAUUAAGAUAUGUCGAAUAAGCGAGAAUGCCAUGCAGCAAAAUGAAACGUAAAAGGCGAAAAAUUGUUGACAUUUUUAUAAAAGUUGAGAUGUUUUUGAAAUUUAAAUUUUCCAAAUCAGAUACAGUAAAUUUGUGUUCAACGCGCAUACAAUGGAGGCAACUCUUUUGCUGGUAUGAGAUUUAAAAAGUGAAUUAAGUUAUUAAGUAGCUAUUGUUGGUGGUUUAUUGCAAGGGGAAAGUCAAACACGUUAUUUCAAGAGGACCUUUUUAGAAGAAAGAUACACGAAUUUAUUCUUAUUCAAAUAUUUAUUCUUUAAGUGUGUUUUAGAAAUUUAUUCAUUCAGACUCCGCAUUUGCAUUCUAAUAUAUUUUUGUUUUUAUAGUGUGAUUUUUUUUCUUAUCAAAACAUUCGAUAAAUAGAAACAUUUUAUCGGCUGUAAAGAUAACCUAUAGAAACUUUGUGGUUAAAAUCUCUGAAGUUGACAAAUGAUUUCGGAACCGUGUAAAUAAUUUUGGCUAUAAUAACUUCAACCUUAUUGUCAGGAAACUGUAGAUUCCAUUUAAUUCUUUGAAGGUUUGGCUACAAAAUAAGGAUACCACCACGCAUUUUUCGAAAUGCAUAGUUAUCAAAACCGAGAAAUAAUAUUCACUUUACUAGCAGCACCUAAAAUGCUAGCCAAGAUGUAAUAUUUGUAAAUGUGUCUUUCUUUGCAGUUAUUAUCGUCAACAUUAACUACACACAUUAUAUUUUCCAACUUUUUGAUUAAACUACAUUCGUAUGCGUGUAUUAUAUUUUUAGACUAGUUAUUAGUGGAAAUGUGGUUGAAAAGCAAAAGAUUGCAACCUUGUAAUUUUUUUCUAAGUAAAAUAUGCGAAAUUAUUUUACAUAGAAUACAAUUUGAUUGAAGACUGUUACAACAGCAAACCUCCACAGAUAUGAUUGCUUUUAGAGCUCUAAACGUACGCAACGUUAAUAUACAUAUUUAGAUUUAGACGAAAAUAAAGCUCAUCAUUCUAUUCUUUGACCAGGAAAAUUUAGACUAUAAUUCACCAUUUUUUAUAUCAAUAGACAUAAUACCUAGUAUUUAAGGAAUGUUAAUAUACUUGUAUACAAAAAGCUACAUAUUUUUGUAAGCUUCCAAUCACGUCAUCUUCAUAUCCAUGUAUAUAAUUCAUUUCACUCCAUAAAAGUGUUUAUUACAAAAAUGUGUUUGAUUUAGGUUACCUAGAAAC